AUGAUUUUGAUGGAUGAGGAGGGAAGGAAAAUUCAUGCAUCAUGUCUGAAGAAAUGGUUUCCUAAAUUCAAGCGCUAUUUAAAAGAGGAUAGUUCAAUUUACGUCAAGAAACCUAACGUCGCACCAAAUACUUCAAAUUUUAAGUUUGCUCAUCCGGAAUCAAAACUAAAUUUUUAUCACGAUACAAUUGUAAAAGAUUGUGAAAACUUUUCUGGAUCUGCACAUGGCUUUCAUUUUGUUGACUUCAAUACUAUCGUUUCUAACAACAUCCUGGAGUCAAACUCUUUUGAUAUUAUUGGACACAUUUUUGAGUAUGGGCAUAUGGAUACCUCAGAACAAGAUAAAUCAAAACACAAGAUGCUCUUGCAUCUUCAAGAUAUAGAGGAUACUAAGCUUAAGAUAAGUUUGUGGGGUCAUAAUGCAUACUACAUGCAUGAUUUUUUUGCUAACAAUAACAGCCUUGCUCCAGUUGUUGUUAUUGUUCAAUUUGCCAGGGUGAAGUUUAUUAAUGGUCGUCCUUUUUCAUCCACCUACUUUGAUGUUAGUAGGGUUUUCAUAAACAAUGAUAUCGAUGAAAUUACAAUCUACAAAAACAAAUUGGUCUCUGAAAAUGGACAACAACUGUCAUCAAGUGGAAUUAAAAUGAUUGCAUCAAAACAAGACACAGAACAUGAUGACUUUCUGAAAAAUCAUUUGUUUUCUAACAUUGAAGACUUGUUUGAACCUUUGGAGAUACAUAAGAUCAAUAAGCAAUUUAUAAUCAUCACGAUUAUCGUGUAUCACACAAUUUUACCUUCAUUGAUUCCAUGGAGAUCUAGGGUUUUAACCCCUGAUAUCAUCCGAACCCACGAUUGGUUGAAAUUGGGGAAACAGUAG